GUAAAUACAUAUACAUACCCCGCCUGAUCUUCACAUUGUUCAGAUUUCUCCAUGGCUGCUGCCCAGAUAUGUGCACGGAGGGCUUUCUCCUGGCUGCUGAUAGCUCUCUUCUGCGUGGUUCCUGCUCAGGGUGGGAAAUUGUUAGUGAUACCAGUAGAUGGCAGCCACUGGACCGGCAUGAAGCCCCUGGUGGAGGAACUGGGGAGGAGAGGCAACCAGGUGGUGGUCGUGAUCCCAGAGGCCAGUCUUAGUAUGGGCCCCUCAGAGCACACCACCACCCUCACCUUUCCUGUACCAUACACCAAGGAGAGUAUGAAAGACACCCUUGGACAAAACCUGGGUAAAUUCAUGAGCAUGGACAUCUCAACCUCUGUGGCAAAGUUACAGCAUUACUGGAUGUCCAUGGUCAUGCUGAGUAAUUUCACCAUGAUAACCUGCAAAAGCAUGCUAUACAACAAGGAGCUGAUGCAGACCCUACGGGAUUAUGACUUUGAUGCUCUCCUCACGGACCCCUUUUGGCCUGUAGGAAUCAUCACUGGAGCUUAUCUGGACAUUCCCUCCAUCUACAUGAACGGUGCUCUGCCUUGUCCCCUUGACAUUAUCACCACACGGUGUCCUAGCCCUGUUUCAUACGUGCCAGGCCGUUUCACACACUUCAGCAAUCGCAUGAACUUGUGGGAGAGGACUGUUAACCUGCUGAAGUCUUUGCUGGAGCCUUCAGCCUGCAGUCAUCUUUACCUUCAUGCAGACAAGGUGGCCUCAGACGUCCUGCAGAGAGAGACAUCCAUUGUGGAGCUGGCGAGCAAUGCAGCACUGUGGCUUGUGCGCUUUGAGUUUACUUUUGAGUUCCCCAUGCCUUUGAUGCCCAACAUGAUCAUGAUUGGGGGGAUAAAGGCUGAAAAACCGAAACCCCUGCCACAGGAGGUGGAGAAGUUUGUGAGUGGAUCUGGUGAGCAUGGCUUCGUGGUCUUCACCCUGGGCUCAAUGGUGUCUCAGAUGCCAGAGGACAAGGCCCGAGUGUUCUUUGAGGCAUUUAGGCAGAUUCCACAGAGGGUUUUGUGGAGAUACACUGGACCUGUGCCUGAAAAUGCCCCGGAGAAUGUCAAACUCAUGAAGUGGUUGCCUCAAAAUGAUCUCUUAGGUCACCCUUUGGCCAAGGCUUUCAUCACACAUGGAGGGUCUCAUGGCAUCUAUGAGGGUAUAUGCAACGGGGUGCCCAUGGUCAUGCUGCCACUGUUUGGUGACCAAGCUGACAAUGUUCAACGCAUGGUUGCACGUGGUGUUGCUGAGUCUUUGACCAUUGCUGACGUGACCACAGCCAAACUUUUGGAAGCCCUCAACAAAGUCAUUAAUGACAAGAGUUACAAGGCAAAUAUGAUGAAGCUUUCAGCUGUGCACAACGAUCGUCCGAUUAAACCUCUUGACCUGGCCGUCUUCUGGACCGAGUUUGUCAUGAGACACCAAGGAGCGGAGCACUUGCGCCCAGCUGCUCACGAGCUGAACUGGAUCCAGUACCACAGCCUUGAUGUGAUCGCACUGCUGACAACCAUUGUGCUCAUUGUUGUUCUCGUGACAUUUAAAAGUUGUAUGUUCUGUUUGAAGAAGUGCACACGAAACAAGACUAAACAAAAGAAAAACAAGCGAGAGUAGUUGAGGAGUUUUGUUUGUGAGUGAAGGUGAAUGGCACUGGCAGAGGGAAAAAACACAGCCUACCUCCUUAUUAUAGCCUAGUGUGUUUGGAGAAACUAUUUGAAAGUAAAAAUAUACAGGGAAUUUCUGUAGCUAGUUAUUUGGCUGUAAAGGGCCUAAGGUUUCUUCUAAUCAAUGAAUGCUGUUGACAACGGGUACCUUCAUGUGUAGGCCUACUUCUGCUGUAAGUCAAUCAUUUCGACACAAAUAGUCUAUAUGAAGAAAACUUGGUAUGAUGACAAUAAAAAAACUGACUACAUUA